AUGCCAGGGCCAAGAUUCUUGAAUAAUUUCCCUGCUGGAAACGCGACUAUCGUGUUCAACAUCACAGCGCCAAGCAAACAUGACCAGCAGAGCAUCACCUUUCCUUUCCACAAUCUCAACCAAGAUAUACUCAGCCAGCGAUGUCCUCUGCUCGCUGGCGCUUUUGAGGAGGAAAAAUCAGGCAAUGCCCGUCUCGAGCUCAGUACCGAAAGCCCUCUCGCGGCUGAAGGUCUCUUGCGAUAUCUGUACACUGGAGAUUACUUAAAUAAUGUCGAAGACGCCGCUGUAGCAGACACUGGACUGUGUGCUGAUGCUACGGAGACGUAUGUGGAAAUAUCCGGUCUCUCAGAUGAGGACGACGACGAGGAUGCAGAUUUCCCGGACUCACUCUCAUUGCAUGUGGAAAUGUGCCGACUGGGCUUCAUUCUGGACAUAAACGCACUGCAGAAAAUGGCGCGGUGGCGCUUUUCUGGAACCCUUGAAGAAUCAUGCAGCCAUCCGCACCCUCCACCCGGUCUUUGUGAAGCUAUCCGUCUUGUCUACAGCAGCUCCGUUCUCCAAGACGACGCCAUAAAAGACACCCUAGUCUCGUACUGUGUCGAUCGGUAUUUGCAGCACCAUUUGGGUGACAAUGAAUUUUUCAAAGACGUCGUCUUCAAGCUCCCCCGGUUUGCGUCCGACUUACGUCUCUGCUGCCGCAAGCAGGACUUUAAAGUAGAGGCUGCCGCCGACAUUAUUCGGCUUAUUUCCCCUGAUGACGUGGUAACAUUGCCGGAAAAUGACCCGCCCAAGGAAUGUCCUGCGGUCGAUCCGUUCCCGCGCAUGAGUAUACGCGGAGCUCCCGGCCGCCAGCAAGGUCUACUUAGUCGUUUGUUUUCUGGGGCGGCGCAGUCAUCAUAA